CUGCUCGCGGACGCAGCGCGCCGCUCCGCGCCAUGGCCCGCCCGCGCUGAGGGCCGCGGGGCCUCCGCGCUCCGCCGACGCAUUUAUCCCCUCUCCGCUUCCCCUGCCGUCUUUCUUUUUAUUUUUCCCCCCCUCUCUCCCCCUCCCCCCUCCUUCCCCAAAGAUUUUAGUAAUAAUAGGCGGGGGAGCGCGGAGCAGCGCGGCGUGGGCAUGGGGGGGUCCCUCUCAGGGGAGCGGGGCCCGGCGGGGGGGUUGCCCGCCCGCCGCCCGCGGGGCUCCUCCACCCUCCAUCUCCCGCCUGCCCACAGCCUAACCAGCCCCCUCUCCCCUCGCCUCCCCCGCCGUGGCAAAUCUUGAAUCGCAAGAGACCCGCUGGGCAUAGGGAGGGGAUAUAUAUAUGGGGUGGGUUUUUUUGCUCUUCCGCCCCCCCGCCUCAAGACCUGAGGAAAUCCAACCCAAGUUCGCCGCGAUGACUGUGCUGCUGGCAUCGGGGUUUCUCCGCGGCAUCCCUGCCUCUGGACCGCCUCGCCGCUGCUCGCUCUGAAUCCCGAGCACUGGGUUAAAGCUUAAUUCUCAUGUUGUGGUUGCUGGGCUGCCGCUUUCCCGUGUUUGGCGAUGGGAGGUGGAGGAAAAGGGAUUGUCCGUGAGUCAACACUGAAAAUGUGAUUAGGAGGAACUGCUUUCACUAAUCUCUUUCUAACCUUUUAGUCCAUGUUGGCCUGUGACCCCUGUCAGCUUUCAGAUCAAGCUUGAUUAGACCAGGACACUGAUCUCCCUAUGGAAGCAGCUGUUUCUAUCUCACACUGAGAUCCCAUGGAGAAGCUGAGGAGGGGAAUGGCUCUUCAUAUCCAUGAAGCCUGGAUACUUCUGUUUGUAAUCCCUGCUUUGGUCACUCCAGCUGCCAUCAGUCAUGAAGACUACCCUGCUGAUGAAGGGGACCAGACUUCCAGUAAUGACAAUCUGAUCUUUGAUGACUACCGAGGGAAGGGAUGUGUGGAUGACAGUGGCUUUGUGUACAAACUGGGAGAACGUUUUUUCCCAGGACAUUCCAACUGUCCUUGUGUCUGUACUGAGGAUGGACCUGUUUGCGAUCAACCAGAAUGCCCUAAAAUCCACCCAAAGUGUACAAAAGUGGAACACAAUGGAUGCUGUCCAGAAUGCAAAGAAGUGAAAAACUUUUGCGAGUAUCAUGGGAAAAAUUACAAAAUUUUGGAGGAAUUUAAGCCCUCGCCAUGCGAAUGGUGUCGCUGCGAGCCCAGCAAUGAAGUUCACUGUGUUGUAGCAGACUGCGCAGUUCCCGAGUGUGUCAACCCAGUCUAUGAACCAGAACAGUGUUGCCCCGUCUGCAAAAAUGGAAUUCCUGAAAUGGCCAGAUUUUAAGAUUGCAGUUAAAACCCCUUCAGUCAAAGUCUAUGCAAUAUGCUGAUUGAUUGUGCAGAUGCAAGUUGAAUGUCAUCAGCCAAGAAGAAGAUGUAUCCUCCACGCCAGACUUUGCUGCACUCCACGAUCCUCUUCAUAGGUCCCAGAGACCGAAGCCAGUAGUGUAGCGUAGCCAUGUCUUCCUUCUUGGUGGAUGAAGUAUUCAUAGCAGCCAGAUAGCUUCUUGGGUACUCAGUUGACCCAACCACCACCCCCUCACUCAGAUGUCAGGUGGUGGGUUGAGGGAUAACAGGAAGAACUUGCUCCUCUUCAGGCAGUGCUUGUCCAGUGCGUGGGAGCUGGUGGUUGUUUCACAGCUGACCCCUUCAUGCUGUUGUGCCGAUGAAGAAAUGCCAUCACAAAUCAAAGCUGUCUUCCUUUUUUGCAGAACCUGCAGAAGCCACCUUAAUGUUGCUAUGACGGAGCCUGGUGCACCAAGGCUUUGUGGCCAGCUAUGAAAAUCAGUGGGGCUGGAAGACUGAAUGCAAGCAAAAGUUCCUGACACUAUGAAGGAUGGGGUUUUGAUUGUUUAUCAGCUGAUGUUCUUUUGUUUACCAGCAGGAAUGUGGUACCCUACCAGCUCAAUUAAAGGAGUGAUUUCAUUAUGAACAGAGGAAAAAAUAGAUUGACUUAAAAGCUGAUAGAAGAUCAAGACUGAAGACAAGGCAGUAUAUCUGGGCUAGGCAGCUGCCAGGCUGAUAGAAUACUUCAGUACUCGCUUUACUGUUUCUUGAAAAAAGAAGUUAUUUCAUUGAAAUUGAUUCUCAGUGGAGCUCAUUCACCUCCAUCUCACUGGGCCAAGUGGUUAAAGGCACGUAGAUUCUGAACUUGCUGAUGAGAGUUGGGUACAGAAGCAUCUGUCAAGAGCUGGCUCCUCUGUUGCUUUUGGAAAUCUGAUUCAGUCGGGUUAUCCAGAUGCUUAAAUGCCCUGCUGACUCAAGAUUGUGACCUGCUCCCCAUGAACAGUCAUCUAGUAACAAUGGAAAGCUUCAGAAAAGAUUAUAGAGGUUAAAAUUUCCAAAACUAGCCAUGCUGGUGCUGGAUAGCAUCAAGGAGGGCUGAGUCAAAUCUGACACCUCCUGAAGUUUAGAAAGAGAGACUAAAACAGGCAAGGGAGAGGAAGAGCCUUUAGAGAACAAAAAAGACAUGAAUUGAAGAGCACUUAAUGUGAUUACCUCUAUGACACAGCUCAGUGCUCACACAGAGCAGUGGCUGCUGGACUGAGUAGCGUCAGAGUGGCAGGAACACUGCUGGGAAAAGCUCUGGUAAAAGUGUGCUGCGGUACAGAGCCAUCCCCUCUGACUCGCCGCGUUUGUCUGCACCCUCACGGGUCAGCUAAUGCUUCCUGAGCAUCUGUGGUCCUUUCCCCUGCCCAGGGAGCAAGAAAAGGAUAAUUCACAUAUUAAACAAGGCAGGAGAAGACUCUGCCAGACAGCGUAAAGCCAGGCAGGAGCUGAAAGCCACUAUCCUGAAUUUGUACCCCAGGUCCUAACCCUGUUUCCAUGCUUCCACCCCAGCAGAGUUCAAAAUGAAUGUUUACAGGCAUCCUAAAGAGAUGGGUCAGGGAGCAUUAUGAGAAGCCAUUUGUUGGAUGGGACUGGCUCCAAAGCUCUCAUUAAGCGGACACAGUUCACAGAGAUGUAGGAAACAACAUUUAAUGGUCUGCAUUACUCUUUAAACUCAGAAAUAUUUAUGAAGAAGCAUCUGCUCAUCGGUGAUUGUUUCCCCAUGGGAAAGUGUUGCUGAAAUUUGUGUGCACAAGCCUAUGGCAGUGGUAGUUCAAGAUCCACUAUCAUCAUGAUAAUAUAUUACAGAGGAGGGGGUGGGUUUUUGGGGGAAAAAUGUUCCUAGACUCAGGUUGGGAAACUAGGUUCCUUUUGCAGAACACAGACAGCCCAGUCAGUACUGAAAUUAAAGUACUGAAAUUACAUGAUGUUACUGUUCCCCACCUGAUCAAAUUCUUGAUGUAACUUAAAAGACCCAAAGCAACAUCGUUAUCCAAUUACAUUGCUGUAAACCAUUUUGCUGCAAGAGAAGCCUAAAGCCAAAUCCUGAGGCUGUGUCACUUGGUAUAAUGCCGGCAGCGUUGUUCUACUCUGAUAUGCUCCAGCUGAGGAUCUGACCUGCAAGAGCUCAUAGUCUCUGGGUGACUCACAGGCAAAUUGCAGGAGGCUAGGGUGUUUUGCAUGGUCAGGCUUUCUAAAAGGAUUAGAAAUGGGUUUGCUUUUACUGCUCCAGAAGGUUGGGAUUAUUAAGCAUAUCUGUAUGAGAAGAGUGGCAGACACUGUCUUCAUGUAUUUCUAAUUUAAUGAAUGUUUAAAGCUUCUUUUAUUGGAGCCUACAUAUAUGUAGAGUAGAGGACUUUAACAAGAGGUUGACUUACGUCGAAUAAUUGAUGUUUGAGCUGCUCCUUCUACGUGAAAUGCAGACUUUACAGAGCAAAGAGACUGUAAUGAAAAUAUGAAUUAAAGAUUAGAGCUAAGCAAGUCUGAGAAAACUUAGAAUUAAAAAAGGCACUUAGAAGUUUUCUUUUCCUGCUUCCUUUCUUUCACUCCACUUUUUCUACUUCUCCAUCCUGUCUGCUGCUUUGAUAGGGUCCUGUAUUUUAGCUGCAACCUUCUAUCUCUUCUAUACCUAUGCAGCUCUGCAAAGGAAAUCAGUGCAGUAAUCUCAUUCUGGGUAUUACCAUAUGUUUUCACAUCAUCCUAGCCUGUAAUGCUUGCCAACUCACCAGUCACUUCAGCUGGAGAGACCAAAAACUAUUUUUAAGGUGCGUUUUUCUUCAUCUCUGUUCCUAAUUUGCUGAUGGAGUGCAUCUCUUGGGCAGAGUAAGUGCAAGUUUGGUGCAACCGUUUGCCAGAGGGACCCACAAGUUGUUACAAUUUGGCCCAGAAAGGGUAAGAGAACAUUAUUUAUACAUAGUGGCAGUACUGCUGCAUGGCAGCAACUGAGCUGUUACUGUGCAAGGAAAGAAGGUGCCUGUAGCAGAGACUCAAGGCUGGUACUAUGCCAAGACUGCCAUUGGAUAUUGCUGGUCCCUGUUGUCCAGGGAUGCUCUUCUGCCCAUAAACAUCAGCAUCUAUUUCCUCCCACCUCGUUGACCCAGCCCUCUCCCUCUACUCUAGCUGUCUUCACGCUCUGGCUUUCCACAGGUGCUGUCAAGUCUCAGUGCAGGUCUGUCAGCUCAGCUCUAAGGCUUCGCUCAGCUUGAGGCUUUGCUUGGCUGGUUGGGGGUAAUUUCUUGCUUUCUGUGUUUGUGUUUAGAAAACCCCUCUGCAGUGUUGAUCUGGACUCAUACCUAAGACUGAAUUCCUUAGAUUUGAUUAACCACAAAUAAAAGCCCAGUGGAAAAGAGAAAAGGAUGUUGAUUUCUUUGCUUUGGAUGUUUGGGUUGGUAUGUCUCAGUUCUUCACACCUCUGGCCAUAUUGAUCCAGCUAAAUAAAGGAAGGCUGGGCAGAGCACUUGCCCAUGGCACCCUGAUUGCCAGCACUUUGUAAUGAGGGGCACACCUAUGCUGCAGCCAUCAGCCAGCAUGGUUCUAGGAGGCUUUGCUUGGCCCACUGCCCAGUCAUGUCUUCCCCCAGCCCAGAGGCACAGCUGGCACCCUUCAUGCAGAGGGACCCUCACUCUGCUGGGCUUCAGGGCCACCCUUCUGCUUGCUUAAGCAGUCUAAAGAAAUGCAUGCAAAAUAAUGACAUCAUAGGAUG